AUGUCUACCGAUCCCUCGUUUUCUAUCAAGAAAGCUUUUAGUUGGAGGAGAUCAGGUAAUGACGAGAUGCCGCCGCCACCUCCGCGUAGAGCAACGUUACCUCCGUCACCUCGCGGCUGGGUUGAGCAAACUGUCUCGGCAUACAACUUGAAAUGGCCCGAUCUUCGACGCUAUCUAAUAGGCCUAUACCAAAUAACGGACGGGCGACGACUUAACGAAAGACAAGAGAUGUACGAAGAUAAGUUUUAUUUUUGGGUUCCACGGGAGUUGAGUGAGGCUGAGCAAAGGACCAUCGAUACCCUCCGUGCUCGCCCUGACGACAGGGAUCAACGAGACAACUCACCUGACCCCGCUGGAAUGGUCUCAGAUGACUUCAAUUUCAACUAG